CCUCCCUCCUUUGUUCAGUACCAAACUGACAGAUAAGCUUUCUCUCUCCCAAUUAAUUCCACCUACAAAAAUGCAACUCCUUCUAUCUCCUCCCUCCUAACAUCUUAUAUUGACAACCGCCUACCUAUAUUGACAACCCCCUACCACCACAUUCCAUUCCCAUUUUACCCACCCCACCCUUUAACAUCUUCACUCGCAGUUCAUCCUCAGCCCAAUUGACUAUAUAUUCAUUCCUAAUGCAUUUCCCAUUUUACCCUCUGAAGUCUGAACCCAAUUCAAUCUAUCACAGCUUCAAUGCCGCCUUCCCUCGUGCCCAAACCAGUUGUAGCCAAACAACUUGGAGAGCUGCUUCAAGAGCAGCAAGAGCCUUUUAUACUAGAAAUCUAUCUCCAUGAGAAAGGGUACUUGAAAAAGUCAGCUAGUUGGGGUCCAAAAAACGAGAGAAGGAAAGUAAUUCCGAGUUGUUCCAAGAUUGUGAUCAAAGCUGUGUUUAAAAAGCUUGUUGAAUCCUUUAGAAAUACCCAGAAAGCGAAGAUCAAUUCGGCGAGUGGAGAUGGGAAUCAUAGCGAUCGGGACAUUGGCAGGAGGAGCGACCAGGACAUGGCGAAUUCUGAACGAUUUUCCUCUGCUAGCGGAACAACAUUGUUCCAUUCUUGCUCUGGGAAUAGUGAUACAGAAGGCAGAACCGGUUCCCCGCAGCCAGAUAGUGGCAAUCUUGUAGAGGCAAAAGAGAUUGAUACAGAUAGAAGAAGGCUUCCAUGGAGAUGCAGGGAAGAGAAUAGUAAGGAACUUAGCCCUGUCCCAGAACUAGAAGAAGAAUUACCUUCCCAUGAAAAUUCACAAGUUCAAAACAAGAGACAAAGAAAUGCCAAAACGAAGGACUCUAUACUAGCAACUUCAUUCUGUAAACUAGUGUUCGAGUCACCAAUAGAUGAACCAAGUACUGAUACUCCGUCUCAGUACUUAACAGGGAAAAGGUUUUUGCAGCAAUCGAAACAGCUGCUGUUCGAUUGCGUGAGGGAGUUGGUGGAGACUCAUCGAUCAGAAGGAGGAAGGGGGAAAGAGUUUCUGGAAAUUCUGGGGCCUGCAGAGAUCUGGAAAAUCCUCAGUGAGGAUAUAAGGACAUGGAGUAAAUUAUCUGGAAAUGAAACUAACACAACCCAACUGGUGCAUUUUGAUUUUGCGGCCUCGGCUGAAAGAUGGAAGGGUUUCUAUAUAGAGAUGAGGGAAAUUGGUGCAGUAAUUGGAGAUGCCAUUCUGGAAGAUAUCAGUGAGGAGAUUGCUGUGGACAUGAUUGAGCUAGAACGGGGAAAUGUUUAAUGGGGAUCCAAACACAGCCUAAGUCUUUCUUUAAUGGAAAUGGCAAUACCACCUGUCCAGUUUUUCAGUCUUGCGAUCAUUGUCCACUGGGUUCCCUAAUCUGUAUUACCUUAGGAUAACCUCCUGAGAAGAGAGGUUUUAGUAAGUGGUACUCACCUGUAUAUUUGAAAACAUGUAUUUUAUCUCUACACGAUAAAGUUCUUUGUUUAUGUACUACGU